AUGCCAGAACCCAAGAAACUCAACGCGAACUACCUGCUCGGCGACGAACCCGCCGAGAUCAAGCGCCUAACCUCGCAACAUAACUUCGUCAAAGCCCUCUUCUCCAACCCCACUAUCCUCCCCUCCUGCAUCCCCCCAUCCAAGAUCCACCGCGUCCUCGACGCCGCAGCCGGUACCACAGCCUGGGCGCUCGACCUCUCCGACCAGCCCUUCGCUUCCUUGUACGAGAUUCACGCGUGCGAUAUCACGCUGAGCAAGUUUCCUCCGCCCGAUGUGCUGGAGAGGGCGGGGAUCAAGACGUUCGAGCAUGAUCUGACGAAACCGUUCGGCGAGGAGAUGAAGGGAGCGUUUGAUGUUGUGCAUGCCAGUGCGCUUGUGUUGGCGCUUACGGAGGAGGGGUGGAGGAGUAUGCUUAGGAACGUAUACGACGUGCUAGCGCCCGGAGGAUACCUGAUCCUCGCCGACUCCGAUCUGCUCGCGUACACCGCCGACGAAGACCUCCCGCCAGACGGCACACCCUACGACAUCGAAGAACGCACAAGCGGAUCGAGUGCAAUCCACAGUAUGAAUAACAUCAUCGCGGGCACCGCGCUCGCUAGCGGCUCCGUAAUCGGCCUCUCCUACCGCCUACACUACCUCCUCUCCUCCUCUUCCUUCACCACCAUCUCCCGCAAACGCAUCCCCGCGCCCACGGGCGCCCUUCUCUCUGCCCAACCCCACCUCGCGCCCUUCCGCGAAGAGUUCACCGCGAACCCCGUCGCGAUCCUCGAUACCAUCACGAGCGCGUUGUUGAGCCAGGGAAAGCUCGAGGUGCCGAGGGGUACGAAGGUGGAGAGCGAGGAGGCGAGGAGGAAGUUUGUGCGGGAUGUGAGGGAGGAGGUUGAGAGGGGGAUUAGGGUCGUUGCUUCGGAGUGGGUCGCGCAGAAGUAG